AGGAGCCAGGAUCCUCUUAUUCCAAAAGUCCCAUCAUGACAGCUGCAACUUUCUUCUUCACACUCCCACUCACUUCCUUUUCUUUGCUUAAUACGUUAAACGCUAUUGCCCCUUAUUCCCCCUACUCCACUUGCUUUAGUUGCUUAUUCUUCGAUUUAUCGCUUUAUCUCUUUCUCUCUUUCUCUCUUUCUCUUGCUGGCCUUGUUUAUGUUCUGAGUUAUGACAGAUUACUACUGAGUUUUUUAGCCAAUCCAUCCAAGUAGACGUAGACGACGAGAAAGGAGAGACGAUGUCAGAAUACAAAGCUGCGUUUCUCAACGAUGAGCUCUCGAAACGUACUUUCAUAUUUGGUCUCCACUUGUGGGUAGUACUGGGUAUCUGCGUUGGAGCUGCUUUUGUUAUUAUGCUCUUUCUGAUAUCACUCUGGUUCACCUCCAAACGCAAUACCUCUGCCAAACCCAAUUCUUCUCGCAAACCCACCAUACCAAAUGUCUCCAAGGAGAUACAAGAGCUCCGAAUCGACCAUUCCAGGAACCCAACUCGCCACCAACUAGACCCAAAGCCUCAUCAGCAACACCAACACCCCUUACCUGAUUCGGAAUCUGUUGGCAAAAUUGAGCGACAAGCUUUGCUUCUCACGCCGGAGGAAGAAAGCCCAAUUGGGCUGCAUAGAAUUCACAUUGAGAUCGGAAAAGACCAUAGAAUUUCAUACCCUGAACGUGCUGGUGGGUCUUCGCAUGGCAGCGGGGAGACUCGCUCAGUUGAUCAGGUGCCCAUAGCCGUCCCUGAGGUUUCUCAUUUGGGUUGGGGUCAUUGGUAUACCCUUAGAGAGCUUGAAGCCUACACGAAUGGGUUUUCUGACGAGAACGUAAUCGGCGAGGGUGGGUAUGGAAUUGUUUACCGUGGAGACUUGGAUGAUAAAAGCAAUGUUGCUGUCAAGAACUUGCUCAAUAACAGGGGUCAAGCUGAGAGAGAGUUCAAGGUUGAAGUUGAAGCAAUUGGACGUGUUCGGCAUAAGAAUUUAGUGAGGUUACUUGGCUACUGUGCCGAAGGAGCUCAUAGGAUGCUUGUUUACGAGUAUGUAAAUAAUGGUAACUUAGAACAGUGGCUUCAUGGGGAUGUUGGUCCUUACAGCCCUCUUACAUGGCAAAUUCGGAUGAACAUCAUCCUUGGGACAGCUAAAGGGUUGACAUACCUUCAUGAGGGACUCGAGCCAAAGGUUGUUCACCGUGACAUUAAAUCGAGCAACAUUUUGCUUGACAAGCAAUGGAACCCCAAGGUAUCCGACUUUGGACUUGCCAAGCUUUUGGGGUCAGAGAGGAGUUAUGUCACAACUCGUGUGAUGGGAACAUUUGGCUAUGUGGCUCCUGAAUAUGCAAGUACUGGCAUGUUGAAUGAAAGAAGUGAUGUAUAUAGUUUUGGGAUUCUUAUCAUGGAGAUAAUUUCUGGGAGGAACCCUGUUGAUUACAACCGCCCUCCUGGAGAGGUGAAUCUGGUUGAAUGGCUUAAAACGAUGGUUGCUAAUCGGAGCGCUGAAGGGGUACUGGACCCUAAGAUACCUGAGAAGCCUUCAUCAAGGGCAUUGAAGCGAGCUCUCUUAGUAGCUUUACGCUGUGUUGACCCUGAUGCACAGAAGAGGCCAAAGAUGGGACAUGUGAUACAUAUGCUAGAAGUUGAUGAUUUCCCCUUCCGAGAUGAUCGUCGAGCAGGGAGAGACCCAGGACGCCCAAAGGACAGUUUAAUGGAAAAACGGUUGGAAUCAGGUGACAGCAGUGGGUAUGAAAGUGGCACGCAGGCCAAUAGGGCUAGUUGGAGGAAGCUAGAAUGCCAAGAAGAGCAGCAGGUGAAUGCAGGCUGAAGUAAAAUGUUAAUGCAGAUCAAUUGAUUGUCUGGCCUGCUACUCCCAGUCCAGAGCUGGCCCAUUCAAAUACCAUUUGUAUCAUCCUCCAAUGUUGGUUGGAUCAAAUUUAUUUUUAAGCCGUGGCUUGUGUGAAUCAUCUAGCAUUUAUACUGAUAUAGUGUAUUUUGUAUAUGAUGAUGAUUCAACCCUGUUGAA